AUGCUCAAUUUAUCACCGAACAGUAGCUUUGUACGUGAUACAUCAGGUAUAAUCACAGAUCGUUUGAAACUUUUACUUAAUCAAACAUCUCAACGGCAAUUGAUCAAUCGUGAUAAGCAAGUCACACAGAAAAGAAUCUUAUUCAGUGUGAUUUUUUUAUGUCUUGUUCAAAUUAUUGUUCCAGACAGUUUUUUGCAUUUGCAUGACAAAAUUUGGAAUGCUAAAAAAUUCAUUAUUGUUGCUUGUAUUGGUUACACAAUUCGCGUCAUUGCUCAUUAUAUGAAUAUAUCAUUAGCUAAAUACAUCUUUUUGACUAAAAAUGAAUUGAAACAAUUAGGAUUACCGAUGCCAGAGCCAGGCAUGAUCGUUUGUGAUGAUCCUCUAGUUGCCGAAGCUGCUUACAAUCAUAAUAAAUAUCUCAAUCGGCUCCUAUGUUGGAUUUCACCUCAAUUAUUGUACACAUCAAUUCUUGACAAACAAAAAGCAGUUGGUCCAACACUUCCUCUACGUGUCUUAACAGCCACGCUUGCAGAUCGUGUUGCUUCCUUGGUAUACACUCGCCCAGUAACAUCACCGAAUAAGAUGGACCAAAAGAGAGAUUUCUAUGAUCGAACAAGUUUGAACAUGCCAUCACCUGAUCCAUUGGCAACGUUGAGAAAUAGUGUCUAUUGGCAAUCAUCUCCAGAAUCGCCUUCCACGAAUUUAAGUGAUUGUUCGCGCUAUUUAAAUGAAAUCGAACGUGAAGCGUUAGAUCUGUCAACAGCGAGUCAUAAUCGAAGCUUAAACGAUUCAUUCGGCCGCAGUCCUAUUAUGGCAACCAACGCGAUGAACGAUACAGUCGCCGAACUUCGUUCUCGUCCGUAUCAAAUGGCCCAUGUUCGUUCGGCGACAAGUCAGAACGGAUCGACAGUUGUUGACGACGACGCACGUAAAUCCGAUUACAAACGAAUCAUAAGUAAUGGUGCAACACCUGGUAGCAGUGGACAAACAGGCACUACACAGAACGUUUUGAAAUGGCGUAAAGUACGCAUGGACGGACCACAAUUAUAUGUCCUACGUGAAAACAUGCGCAAAUGGUUAACUAAAGCGAUUCUCAUUCCAUUAACAAGCGAAAUUGAGAACAUCAAUCGUUCAUUAGUUGCUCUGGGUCAUACAGAUAUAGUCAUCGGCAAAACUACCGUGAAUGAAAUGAAAUCAUUCAUUCGUUCGUGUACAAAUUCAACAUUAGUUUCUCAAUUGAAUAAAAUUUUACCAAAUUUUGAAAUUCAUUCCAAUCAAGAAUACAUUCUCUCACGUAUACAAAUUCUUGCUCGAACAUACAUGGCGGAUUAUAAUUGGAAAUCGAAUGUUGUGACUGACGCUGAACUUGUAUUCAAUUUAUUUUGCAUUCAUUUCGAUCAACGUCUCACGCCUGAUCCACGAUUUUUGGACGGAAGAGUUUUUCGCGGAAAUUAUGUCGUUCGACAAGCACAAUUAUCCAACACAGCUCGAUAUCCGACAGCCAUCUUUGUCUAUCAAGAAAAACCACCGAUCUAUAAAGUUUUAUCCAAUGCAGAAAUUCACGAUGUACCAGCAGGUGAUCAUAAUCUACUUGAUUGUCUGCUUCUCUUUGUUGAAUGCGCUAAUUCCACUCGAAAUGGACAUCUCGGAGCAUUGAAUUUGGGUGCAAGUGGCGUGGAUAUUUUGUGGACAAUAAGUUCACCAACAUCAACAUAA